ACUUUCGCAGUGAGAAAAGUCCCAACGAAUCGCGCCAUGUACUAUUGGCCAGUGAAUAUGGAAACGCUGAAACGGACAAGGAAAAAGCCACUCACCACCCUCCGCAGUCUCGUCGAAAUGGCCUUGAAAGCAUACGUUCUGCAUCUUAGUGUUACACGGGAGGAAACCGAAGAUUUAGCCGAGGAAAUGCAACACCAACCGACUCAGUUUAUCAUCGACGCCCUGGAAGAGAUGUGUGACUACCCGAAAUUAAUGAAACUGCAACGGCAGCUGUUGAUCAACCCAUGGAUGAUAGACAGGAUCCUUCGGAGCCGGAGCGACAAUAAAGCGAAACUGGUGAAAUGCUUUCAAUGGUUGGAAGUUUUCGAUAGGACACUGGUGAGCGAUAUGGUCGCCAACUAUUGCUACAAGUUCCGAAAGGAAUCCAUUCGGAACGAUUCACACCUGUUGGGGUACGAAGGAAGUUUGAGACUUGGCACGUUCCUGUCGGAAACUGGCUGGCAUAAUGAGGCCGUCAAGGUACUGAACGUGGCUAGACAGCAAGCUAAUCAGCGGCCAUUGCAACAGCUCAACGCUAUGAGACCGCAGCUAAUCUCACAAACCUAUGUGUGGCAUCCUUCAGCAUACGACACUAGUGCGUCCAUACAGACGCUCAUCGCCAAGAACAACGAGAUACCGAAAUCGUUCCUAGCGAGUUUGUAUUUGGCCAUUUCGAUCUGUCGCUACGAAAACUACAAUUUCACCUUCAGUCACGAAUUUGCACUAAUGGCGUUGGAGUUGCUAGUUGAGGGAGCAUCUUCAAAUCGCUUGAUCAUCGAAGUCCUCUGUCAUCUGGCUAAGACAUGUGUUUCGCAAAAGCAGCCACGGCAAGCAAAGCUCAUGAUCACGCAAGCCGUUAGUCGAGCAUGGCACAACUACGGUCCAUCCAGUGUCAUCUACGCGGAGACAUUGGAAGAUUACGCAUUCUAUCUGGUGAUGAUGAACUCUUUGGACGAUAGCUAUGCCGUGUUCUCGGAAGCCGUUAACGUGCUACUGCAAGUCUAUGGUCCGCAGAAUCUCCAACGAUCGGUAACGAAGGGCAACUUGAGCUUCGAUUUCUACUUCAACUGUGCGUACAUCUACAGCGAUCUGCAUAUGGCCAAGGACUACGUUCGGACGCAAAUCGAGAUGAAUGCAUUCGAUCAUCGACUGGUGGCGGCUGCCAAGCAUGUGUACGUCCUGCUGGAAGCCGACAUGGCACGGUUCGGUGCCGUGAGAGAUUGCGAUCAGAUGGAUAAGUAUCAACCGGUGCAGGAGCAACUGUCGGUUAAGGAGGUAAAGAAGUUGUUCGUCGAGAUGAAGGAUGAGUUUUGA